UUUAGUAGUAAUAUUAAUAUUAAGAAUAUUAAUGGUGUAAAAGUACAUUAAUUAGUCUGUCUAGUUGCUAGUGGUGUUUUGAUGAUAAAGAUACUGAUUACGUCUUGUUUUCAUCUGAAUGGUAGACUUUUGAUAACGGACUGCUACUUUGAUAGAGCUUUUGCAGUUUGCCUUUUACAUUCAACGAAUGAUAUUGAAAACUUUCCGCAGAAUGUCCAGCGUCGAUAUAUCAGCACUGCGUAUUAAAUACAAACAGAAAAAGGAUAUUUUCCACGAAUCAAGCAUAGAAGUGAAAGAUCCACUGCACCUGUUUCGAAAAUGGUUUGACGAAGCCUGCAACACACCGGAGAUUAUUGAACCGAACGCUAUGUGCUUGGCAACAGCGACCAAGGAUGCAGCCCCAUCAGCUAGGUUUGUGCUUUUGAAGGAUGUAAACGAACAUGGAUUCACAUUCUUUACGAAUUACGAAAGUCGAAAGGCGGAGGAAUUGGCUGAAAAUUCCAAAGUGGCACUAGCAUUCUACUGGCUGCCGUUGCGUCGUUCGGUACGCAUCGAAGGAACAGCGGAGCGAAUUUCACGUGCCGAUUCGGAGGCUUACUUUCAUCAGCGUCCGCGUGCCAGUCAGAUCGGUGCUCUGGCUAGUCCACAAAGCAAACCGAUUCCGAAUCGUGAAUUCCUCGACCUAAAGGAACAGAAAAUCAAGACCGAACUUGGCCCCGACGGUGUAGUUCCACUGCCGAACUGGGGCGGCUAUCUGGUACGACCGGCCACGGUUGAGUUCUGGCAGGGCCAAACUGAUCGGCUGCAUGAUCGCAUCCGAUUCCGACGUGAGCUGCGGCCCGGGGAAUCGGUCGACGGACAUUUGCUGCAUCAGGGGGAAAACGGCUGGAUCUAUGAACGAUUGGCACCUUAAAAGGAUUUUGUUUUUUCAGUACACAAAGUUGGGCUUCCACUUGGCAAAACUACAUUUUUGAAAGCCGAGCAUUGAAUGUUUUUAAAGUUAUAUAUUACAUUAAGAAGUGUGUUUAUUACAGCUGAUCGCGGAUGAACACCGCAAAUUGAGUAGACAAAAUUAAUUUGAAAAGUUCUAUUGAUAUUACUAGAAAGCGUUUUUCAAUUGCUGUGAAUAAAACUUCCAA